AUGGCUAGUAGUGGACUAUCAGCAGGAGAUAGGACUCCACCCGAAUGCCCCAGACGUAUCCGUCAACGUCCCAGAUAUUUAGAUGCUUAUGAAGUUGAUUUGCCCCCUAGCCACAACUUUGAACAGUCACAUGGAGGUAGUACCAGAAGCCUUAUUCAGACCAGGCCCCGCAUGUUCGAUCUACCUAUUAACCGUAGCAUGGAUAAUAUACACAAGAUAGGUGUCAGUCCCUCUUUACGAGCUAAUGAGCUAUACAAGGCUGAUCCAAUGAACAUGUUUGACAUGAAUGAUAAGGAGCUCCUCAGACCCAGAACACCUACCCCGCCAGGAAGCCCUGACUCAGUGCGUUAUUCUACACCAGGGAAAACUAACAACAAAGAACUAUUAGAGCUAUUUAAACUGCAGAUGGCGACAACAGAGGAGGCUACACGCCGUCUAGAGGAAGCGGCUAUACAAAGGGAACAACUGCAGGCUAAGAUGCAGAUGGAGAGGGAACGCUUACAAGCAGAGCAACAGGUGGUGCUAGCCAGGCAGCAAGCUGAAACCAUAGCAGCGUUAGCUAGACAACAGGCUGAGUUGCAAGCUGAGAGGGAACGCCGACAAGCUGAGAGAGAGAGUGCACACACCCAGGCUCUGGUAGCGCUAGCUAAACAGAACGAUGAAGCUGCUAGACAGACUAUCCAGUUACUUACCGAGGCCUAUCAGAGUCAAUCCGCACGCCCCUCCGCCCGAUCUUCCAGGCAGUCCUCACGCAGAGAGUCGAGACAACACUCCCCAGCUCGUCUGAGCCAAGCUGUAUAUGGCACUAAGGCAGAACCCAUAGAGGUAGCUAUACAGCUAUCCAACAAGCUGCAAGCACUAGACGAUGAAAUGCGAGAUCACGCAAAGUUCGCAGCUCCCCAUAUCUCCUCUGCCUACCAAGGAGACCGAAAACCUAUUUACAGCAUACCUGCACAGUUGAGCCAACCGCCUCCCCCCCUAGAUGGACACGGCACAGUGACCCCUCCUCCAGCAGCUAGCUCACAACCCCAACCUAGUUUGCAGAACCACGGGCCCUCUAACCAAGGUCAGCCGUUCUCACCAUUGAUUAAUCAAUAUCCUAGUUCUCCUGUCCAGUUCGCCUCUCGACCAGCAGCCAUCUACGGAGUAGAAGAGCCGACCUUUCCUGAUUUCACUAAAGAGGACAGGUCCCAGUAUACAGAGCUACGCAUGUGCUUGGGAACCCUGCUCUCUCCAUCCCAAGAUGAGCGUUAUAAAUAUGCCCUCCUGCUGAAACAUGUCAAGGUUCCUCGGGCCCAUAAUAUUGUAUUAGCACAUGCACACUCCACUACCCCUUACUCCGAUGCAUUAGCAGAUCUUGAUGACCGCUACGGGCGAACAUGGGACUAUGUCCUCCAAGAGAUGAGGGACAUAGAGAAACUUCCUCCAGUCAAAGAUGACCGGACCCUUGACGACCUGUCUGUACGAGUACAAUCUCUAGUAGGCAUGCUCCAGUCCCAGCAGGAGAAAGGAAACCAUGAACUCCACGCCAGCUCCAAUGUAGAGCGCAUCCUCGACAAACUUCCCAAGUUCAGACAGGAGAGAUUUAGGCGUCAACGAAACUACCUCCACGCACCUCAGCACGAGUUGUCCCUGAUGGACCUCUCCACAUUCUUACGGAUGGAAGUUCGGAGCCUCAGAUUGGACCCCUCCCUACGGGGCGGCCCAACCCCAGGAGAUGUAGGAAAGAAGAGCAGAGGUCAUGGGAAACCAACUACUGUGAUGCUUCAGACAGAAGAUUUCAAACCGAAACCGACCCAGUCAGCCCAUAAGAAAGAACCUUCCACUCCGAACAAGAGCAAGGUGAAACCUCACUGCCCCUUCUGUGAUAAAGAGCACUGGCUACAUGCCUGUGAAGACUUCACCAAGAUGAACAAAGAGCAGACCACAGAGUGGAUCAAAGUCAAUCGGCGAUGCUGGAGGUGUGCCCGCCAACACAAAGCGUCAGAGUGCAACCUUAAGAAGAGGUGUAGGCAAUGUCAAGCUACCCACCUGACCAUCCUGCACGAUGUUAAUCGCAGAGAAACGCCUACUGAGUCAACAGCCGAGGUACACUACAUCGACCCAGCAAAGAGCGGAAGCUCCAGAGUGAUGUUGAAGAUAGUAAGAGUCCUCCUACGCUACAAGGAUAGAGUACUGGACACCCACGCUGUCCUUGACGACGGCUCUGAGAGAACACUCUUACUUGCAUCUGCUGCAGAGGAACUGGGAAUAAAGGGACGGGAGGAGAAGUUGAACCUCCGCACUAUCCGUCGAGAUCUAAAGACCAUAAAGGGUGAGAGAGUCACUUUCACCAUAUCCCCUGCUGACCAGCCAAACAAACAGUAUGCAGUGACCGACGUCUUCACUAGCCAACAGAUUGGUCUGUCUCAGUACGAUUAUCCUAUAGAGCAACUCAAAGAGAGGUUUGAGCACCUGCGACGCCUACCGGUACCACUAAUUGAUCAAGUCCACCCAACCCUCCUCAUCGGCUCUGAUCACACCAACCUUAUCGUCCCUGUCAGUGCAGUAUAUCUUGGGCCCCGAGGGUGUCCAGCAGCCGUUAAGACAAGAUUGGGUUGGACUCUCCAAGGUCCAUUCAACUCUCCCCGCAAUAGAAUAGCACCAACCUGCUGCCUGUACAGCAAAGUCACCUCUGCAGACGCCACUCUGCUGAACCACGUCGAGCGCCUGUGGCAACUGGACGUUCUUCCCUUCUGUAAUGAGAAACAGAUGGUGCGCUCCAAGGAGGAUAAGUACGCCGUGACACUGCUUGAGCAGAAGACCAAGAGGAUAGACGUCAAGGGAGUACAGAGGUAUGCCACUCCACUAUUGAGGAGAGAAAACAUGCCGACUUUGCACUUAUCCAAGGAAGUAGUCAGCAACUACCUGAGGAACACGGAGAGACGGCUGGCCAAGGACCCGCAGCAAGCAGCAGUUUACCGAGCUGAGAUUGGCAAGUUAAUAGUAAGCGGUCAUGUAAAGAAGAUAGACAACUUUGAAGCGGGAAAGUCAAGAGAGAGUUGGUACGUACCGCACCACAAGGUCCGACACAAUGGCAAAGACAGAGUAGUCUUUAAUUGCAGUUUCCAGGUCGGCAAACAGUGUCUAAAUCGGUACCUCCUUCCCGGCCCCACCCUUGGGCCAUCACUCCUAGGAGUCCUUGUGCGCUUCCGGCAGGACAGAGUGGCAAUCAGUGGGGACAUUAAGGGAAUGUUCCACCAGAUCCACCUUCUGGAAGAGGAUAAACCCUUACUGAGGUUCCUGUGGAGGGAUGACCCAAGUGACGAACACCCUUCUAUCUAUCAAUGGGAAGUACUACCAUUUGGUACUACCUGCAGCCCCUGCUGUGCGAUCUUCGCACUGCAGAAGCAUGUCACAGACGACCCAGAGGCAGGAGAAGACAUCCGCCACAGUAUUGAACGCUGUUUUUAUGUAGACAACUGUCUACAGAGUGUCCCCACUGAGCAUGAGGCCGAAACCAUCCUUAUGAAGCUGAGGACCUUGCUAGCGAAGGGAGGAUUCGACCUGCGUCAGUGGGCAAGUAGCCAUCCUGGGGUGCUCAGUCAGCUUCCCCCUGAAGCCAAAGCCAAGAGCAGCGAGACCUGGAUGGCCCAGAGCCCCGGAGAGGCUCAGGAGAUGACCUUGGGUCUCGUAUGGCACUUCCAAACAGACACCCUGCACUACCGUCACACCCCACCUACGAAGGAGCGCAUCACCAGAAGAAGCAUUUAUAGUACUCUUGCAAGUCAAUACGAUCCACUCGGUUAUAUCCUCCCAUAUACGACUAGAGCCAAGGUGCUGGUGAGAGAGUUGUGGGCAAAGGACCUGGGCUGGGAUGACCCUAUCCCUGAUCACCUCGCUGCCAAGUGGAGCGAGUGGGAAGAAGAACUUUCUCUCCUCGGUGAAGUUACUCUUUCACGCAGCUACUUCCCUCCGACCGUCGACCUGAGAACGAGUAAGAUAGACUUGCAUGUCUUUAGUGACGCCUCCGAGACUGUUUACGGAUCCGUGGUCUAUCUCAGAGCAAUCGACACCGCUGGUGACGUCCACAUAGCCUUCGUCCUAGCCCGCUCUCGGGUAGCCCCUCGUAAGCAGCAGUCCAUCCCACGCCUGGAGCUCUGUGCGGCCCUAGUCGGCGCACAACUCGCUAAGAUGGUAAAGGACGAGCUCACCCUACCGCUGCAGGAGACCAUCCUGUGGUCCGACUCCAUGACUGUGAUUUCCUGGCUUCAAUCCGAAUCCUGCCGCUAUAAAGUGUUCGUCGGAACAAGGGUUUCGGAGAUCCAAGACCUAGUUGGAGUGGAGUGUUGGAGAUAUGUUGACACAGGAAGUAACCCGGCGGAUAUAAUCACUAGAGGUGCUACCCUCGCCACCCUGUCUCAAGCGAACCCUUACAGUUGCGGACCAGGCUUUCUUCGGCGGCCCAAGGAAGACUGGCCAUUACCACCAUCCAUCGCUGAGAAACCCAGACGAGGCAGAGUUGAAGAGAUCACCGUUUUGUGGAUUAUGUCAGGUCCCACCUGCAGAUGGCCCCUGCCUUGAUGACAGUCCUACACUCGAGCAUCUGCAGAGGGCGACUUUUCUUUGGCACCACCCAGACCUCCCGGCCACUACAGACCUAAGUGCAGCAGAUUAUGUGGAAGCAGAACUAUUAGUCCUGAAGAGAGCCCAGCGAGAUUCCUUCCCUGAGGACCUGGAGUGCUUGACCGCUGGGAAGCCCGUCCCAUCAGAUAGCAGACUCUUGAGAUUAGCCCCGGAACUUGAUUCUGAAGGUCUGAUCCGAGUGGGAGGUCGGUUACGACGUGCCAUGAACCUAUCAGAAGACAUUAAACAUCCCAUUGUGUUGGGAACCAAACACCAAGUGACAGAGUUAAUCAUUCAGAAGUACGACCAAGCAGUGUGCCAUGCAGGGGCAGAGAGAGUUUUCGCCGAGAUACGACGACGGUACUGGAUACUGCAGGGAAGAGAAGCCGUACGUCGAUUCCAGCGAUUUUGCACCGCCUGCCAGAAAUGGAGAGCCCAGCCCGCCAUACCCAAGAUGGCCGAUUUGCCACCUUCAAGAUUGAGGAUAGGAGAGAGGGCAUUCCACACAACUGGAGUAGACUGUUUUGGUCCAUUCUUAGUCAAGAGAGGGAGGGGGACUGAGAAGCGCUGGGGAAUCGUGUACAAAUGCAUGACCACAAGAGCCGUACACAUUGAGUUGCUACAGUCUAUGACUACAGAUUCCUUCUUAAUGUCCUUCAGGAGAUUUCAAGCUAGGAGAGGGAACCCUGCCGUGCUGUUGUCAGACCAGGGGACCAAUUUCAAGGGAGGAGAGUCUGAGCUACGUGAGAGCUUUGAGGCCAUGUCAGAAGAACUGAAGUCCCGUUUAGCUCCAGCUCAAGUCCACUUCCAGUUCAACCCCCCAAAUGCACCUCACUUUGGGGGCACAUGGGAGAGAGAAGUGAGGUCUAUUAAGACCGCCUUGUACACCGUGUUGGGAGCACAGUCCAUUACUGAUGAAGUCUUGGCGACUGUUUUGACUGAGAUAGAGGGAGUGUUGAAUUCCAAACCUCUCGGGUACGUAUCCACGGACGUCGCUGAUGUGGACCCUGUGACUCCAAACUACCUCCUUAUGGGGCGGCUGGACCCUGCUCUCCCCCAGACCGUGUACCAUCGAGAUGAGAGGAAGAAGGAUGUGGAGACACAGUCAGGUUUUAGCUGAUCAGUUCUGGUCCCAUUUCCUCCUAUACUAUCUCCCCUCCCUCCAAGCCCGACAAAAAUGGGUGAGAGAUAAGGACAAUCUGACCGAAGGCACAGUCGUGAUGAUCGUUGAUCAGUCUCUACCAAGAGCUAUCUGGCCUGUAGGGCGAGUGAGCAGAGUCAUCGUCGGAUCUGAUGGGAAAGUUAGAGCAGCAGAUGUUACUGUCCAGGGACGGACCUACACCAGGCCGGUCAUGAGACUCAUAGAGCUUCCUGCUUUCCCUGACGCCAAUACAGAUGACCCACCCCCCAUCUCGCCCCCGUAACUUCAUCCUGCUAGAUAGUCAACCUAUUCUAGUUUAACUUACCGUAUUUGAUUUAACUCUGAGCCUUCUGAUUUGAGUGAUAGCUAAUUACGCAUAGCGAAUUAGGGGGCGGCUGUAUUGAAGACUCAGAAGUGGCUAGAAGAUUAGUUUUAUAGUUUUACUUUAAGAACCCCUCUAAGCAGUAACAUAAGCUUCCCACUGCUCCCUGCCCAGUUAAGCCCUCUUUCUUCUUUACUUCUGGUUUGUUAUUUUGAUAUAUCUGUUUAUUAUUGUUACUGCAGCGAUGUACAGUUGUUAUUGUUGUUGUUGUGCCCGAUGUCAUUCAUACAGCGGAGAUAUACGUCCUUUCAGUGUUGCUGUAAUUAGGCUGAUAUGUUUGUAUCAGUGCGCGUGUGAUUUGGUGCGAGUGUGUGUGUCAGCUGGGAGAGUGAGAGGAGAAAGUUUGAGAAGAGGAGACGAUCGGAGCAGCUUCGUGUAUUCAACAGAUUCAUUCAUUACUUCGGUGAAGUUUUGGGUGAUUAAUAACCCGCACAACAAGUUGUCUUUAGACCAGUGAAGAUUAUACCUCAAGAGGAACAAACGGACUUUGAACUGAAGUUAGUUCGCCGAUUAAUGUUAGCUCUCGUUUCCCGACAGCGGCUAGCUAGGUCUCGCUAGCCGCUUCAUUGUCCUUCGUAUCAAACCUUCAGCAAACGUUAACUGGCCCCAGUUGAAAGACUUUAGUUUACCCCCUCCUCCUCUGGACCACAUCUUCACCCCCUCCCCUCUUCACCCGAGAACAGCGCCCAUUCAUCUCCCGUGGACAUCUGAUCACACCAUCCCUCAACAUCGGGACCUCUCCACAGACCUCCAUCCUGGCUGCAUCAGAAUCCUCACGUCCUCCUCUGAGCUCCAACCCCGGGCAACAUUGGUACCAUUAGGUUUAGUAUUAAGUAGGACUUAGUAUAGUUAGACAGGACAUAUUUUAGUGUAAGUUUUAGUGAGUCAAUUGUGCAUAAUUUUGUUUGUGGUGUAAUAAAUGUUUAUGUUGUUCCCUUUAUAUCCUUGUCCCUCCCCUGUUAUUUAGUGAGAGUCCACAGCAUCUUUGUCCAUAGUAAGGGACGCCAGGGAGCGGUGGCUAGCGCCCCACUGUACUUUACAGUCCUUAGUUAAAUUGUGGUCCUACGCUACAUUUAUUAAAAAUAAAUCAGGGACAGAGCCGAGUGUGAACGAGUUAGCGAUGGAUGUAAAACAACAUGAAGAAUCUUUAUCUGAUGCCCUUGUAGUUUUUGUAAAAACUGCACCUGAGUCUGGAGUAAAAUAAUAAACAUAUUCAAGUGCAGAGAGAAGAACUUUAUGGCACAAACUACAAAGCCUCCUUCUGCUCAAUACCUUUAACUUUCAGAGCUCAUAAAUUUGUGCAGAGGAAAUUCUUAAGCAGGAAACUGUUCACUGCGGUGUGUAAGAGUUGAAGGCUGGUGAUCGUCUGUGUCUAACAGUAAACAAACAUGUUAAUGAGUCACUAAACUCCCUCCACACACUGAAACCUGAACUCUAAAUAUCUCUGAAUCUGUCACUUCACACAAACACUCGCUCUGCAGCGUCUCCUCCAACCUUCAGAUGUGGUUCUGUGGUCAAAAUGAGGAGAGGCUGUGAGUCAUCCAACCGCUGCUGCUGGUUAGUUUCAGAGCGACGACUGCUCAGCACGCAGGAAAUCGAGAAAUGAAACCUCAUACUCGACCGCGGACCACAGAGCGGCUUCUUAUAUGAGCGCUGGUGAAGAAGUGAAACCCACUGAGAUCACUGAGACUGACACUUUCCCUUCCUCUGAAGCCAGUCGCACUCAGCAGAGACGGACCCCCUACUGAAGAAGUCUUCCUCCAAGAUCCCGCACCAGGAGAAACCACAAAUAAUCCUGAUCAACCAUCAUGCUCUUCCUGUUUGGUGGGCGGUGGUCCUCUAACACUGUAAUCAUUCAUUAACGGUCACUGAGAUGACUCUGAUGGACAGCUGAUGUUGAGGAGAGGUGAUGUCGCUGUUUCAGAGCAGCUGGUCGGACACUCAGUCAAACUCUGAACUCUGCGUGUCUUGGCGGGUGACUGUUAACGUGUCAGCUCUUUGGCGGUCUUCACAAACCUCAACUUUCCUCCUCUAAUGACCUUUUUCCUCUCCUCUCUUUCUGUCUUCUCUUCCAUCAUCCUCUUUUUUCUCUUAAUGACUUGGCUGGUGGAAGCACCUCUGCUCUCUCCUAAUGACCUAUUUCCUCUGCUGUCAUGAUGACUUCACCUCCUCGAUCCGCUCAGCUCCUCUUCAAACCUCCCUUUUCUUUCCUUCAUUUAAAGAAAGUCAGGAUGUUUUUAAAGCAGAGAUUUCCUCCGUUUCUCCUCCACAGUUCGGCUGCAGCUCAACAGCUGAUUCAGUCUUUGGUGGUAAGAACUUCGGAUCUCAAUAGUUUGUUGUUCUGGAUCUCUGGAGUAAAACUUGAGGCCUGCAGACCACACCCAGCUGAUUGUUCUGUUGCAGAGACGGUGUCAUGCAUGCAUACGACAUACCCGGCCCUUUGGUUCAAUGAUAUUGAUGCUUUAAUUCCCAAUAGCUGGUGCACUAGUCAACCCUUCAGGCACGAGCUCUCACUCCUUACUGCUGGCGUCAUGUGGUUAGCGACAUAUAUGAUAGAGAGAGAUAGAGAGAGCAAAACGAGCUGCUGCUGAGGGAGACUGGGGCUCUGUCUGCGUCUCUGUGUCUGAUAACGGUUGUUGUUCUUAACUCUGUUAUUGUUGCCCUUUUCACUGAUAGGACAGCUGAGGAGAGACAGAGAAUGUGGGGAGUGAAGAGUUUGGACAGACAUGCAGCAAAGGGCUACGGCCAGAAAUUGACUCAGCAACUCCUGAAAGAAAGACAACAGCCUCUAUUCAUAGUACGGCCAGACGGAUUUAUCGGCAAGUCGAUUAAAUCGGCCAAUUUUAGCCCGUUUGAGACUAAUUAGUAAUCGGCCAAAACUCGCCGAUAUUUACAGAAAUGAAAUGCGGAGAAUAAGAUUUGGUUUCACUUUUAAAAUGUUCGGCCAUUUGAAAAGUUCCCCGACUUAUCCUGUAGAUGGCGCAGCGACAUCAUGACGAUCUUCAUCCACUAACUACCUCACAGCACAGCAGAGUGAGGAUCUGAAGCAGGCAGCCCAGGGACGCAAAAAAAUCCAUUAUUAUUGUAAAAAGUUUCGUGGAAAAGAGAUCCUGGCUCUGAUCUGUGUUCACACACAGUCAGUUUGCCUUAGAGCAGCGUGGAUUGAAGAUGUCGGUCUCAUUUGUGUGUGAUUGGCCGUCAACACAAGAGUGAUUCUUGUUGAGACCUCCAAGUUUCAUCUGGUUUGUCAGAAAACCAGAAGAUAACCCAGGCUGAACUCACUUCAGACUCGACCUCUGGAAGGUUCCUGAUUGUGUGUUUUGCUGACGGAUGAGGUAAAAAUCCCGACAAAUGUCCUCUCUGGGAUCUUUUCUUCUCCUGCUGAACAAGAAACUUACGAUAUUUCUCUCCCAGUCCAAAAUCUUGUGUGGAUACUUUGUGGAGUAUCUGACAGAGGUUGAAUUUCAGCCGUACGCUCAGACCUAAUAAUUCCAAUAUUCUCUGUCGAUACAGUUUUAGUACCUGAGGCCUGUGAUGGUUCAUGGCAGUGAAGAGGCUGUGCACCUCUCCAGAGAGCCAUUAGUCUGCUAGUUAGAAACAGUCCACAGAGAUUGGAGGGAGGAGGAGAGUAUUAAGAGGUUGCUGGUUGAACUCCAACAGUCUGACAAGCCAAAAAGCUGGUAGAGAGUCCUGCUGCCAAACGGAGAGGUUUCCUAAUGUGAAGAUCCAGAGCAGAUUUUCAGCUUUUCCUUCGAACACUUUGGCGUAAUUUACCCAACCAAAACCACACACACACACACACACACACACACACACACACACACACACACACACACACACACACACACACACACACACUAAAUUUGACCACAAACUGCUUCAGUAACAUCACCAACCUGGUAUCUCAGGUUAUUUCAAAACAGCUGUUCCUGUCAACCUGACUCAGUCUGUGACUCCUCAAGGUGGCGCUAAUAAUACUUGGCUAUCAUGGUUUGUUCUUGCAUUUAAUCUGGAAACUUCUCAGAACAUCUGCAUCGUGGUACUAUUGUAGUUUUAGCAGAGGACAAAAUAUUAGGUACCUUGUGAUAUCGUUCUUUAUAUUCAGACUUAACAGAGAGAAGAACGUCAAUAAACACGUGAUCAUUUCUCGUCGUUUUAGAUUAAAUCUGUUUUUUAUACACUUGCUAGCUCUUCCUGGACGAUUUAAAAAAACUAAAUACUGUUUAUAUUCAAAACAUAUUCAUGUCAUUUAUAAUAAUCUGCUCUGAAGUAAAUCGCCAUAAUCCAGAGGUUCAUACUAAACCUGCAGUUUGAGUGAAACCAGAGAGAAGUGUGAAGUGGAAAGAAAAAACCAAAAGACCCAGAGUGGGACCUGUUUCCAGGUCGCACACCAACUCUGUCAGAGUUAUUGACAGAACCAUCAAGAAGCCGGUGUCCCCUUCAAUUAGGCCUUUUCCAGCCUAACAAGAUCCAUGCUCUCAUUAUUUUCGGGCCAAACUCCGGCUCUGCUGCGCCGCUCCCACAGACUGGGUUUGGCCCGCUUCAGAACGCACGUGGUGCAAUUAGCCCAGGCUUCAUCAUGCAUGUGUUCCUGCUUUCAGAGGCAUUCAGGGCUCCCAUCGAGGCCGUGAAAGUGCUGUUGAUGAGUCCGAGGGGGCAAACGAAAGGCUUUUGAGCCGGGUAGUUAAAGAAAGUAGUUAAGGUGAUUAUCUCUGCAGUCUGAGACACACAAGGCCAGAGGUAGAUCGGAGAACUGUUCCAGCCACGCGGAUGUACAUCAUUAAGAGAUAAAGAGGAGAAACCGUGGGCGACAGCGACUGAACAUCUGUGUGUGGACGAAUGUGAGCGUUCACACUGUCAAAGAUGGGCGGAGUCUCUGUGGUAUCACCAGCUGGGUUCUGAAUAUUGGAAAAGCUGACUCCAACUAACUUCCAGCUAAUCUAGAAACUAUCCAGACCCGAACAGCUGUAACACACCCACCUGUCAAUCAAAUCUGCCACGCCCUCUUUCUGCUUCCUGCUGCUGCGACACUCUGAGCUUCAAAGGAACAAAUCUGAAGAGUUAAAAUCACAUUCUUUGUCCAUUAAGAGCUCCUCACAUGAGCUUUAAGCUGCAGAUCACAUGUGAAGAUAUUUCAAACUUUUAAUACGUCCUCACAAGAAAUUUAAAGUUAUUUUCGCUGCCACAUUUCACCAUUGACUUCUCUUCUUUAUAACAAGAAAAUAAUUCUAAAUUUAAGAUAUUCCAGGGAUUGACACUAACUUUUUUCACAAGUAGUACAUGUUGAAAAAGUAAGGAGCACACAAAGAACUUUGGAGGCACAUUAAACAACUGAUCAAAUAAUGUUUGUCUUAUUGUCCGACCUUAGUACUAUUAUUUGAAAUCAAUUUUAGAUCUUUUGGUCACAUGACAGUGAAGCUAUUGAAGGAAAACAGCCUUUUCUGAGAACAUCAACAGGUAAUUUAUUGACGGUCCCUUAUUCAACACCGACGUUGACAGUGAGGGUGUCGAGUAGAUUUAACCGCGCUGCUGUUGUUAUUCCCGGUUAUGGAGAGUGAGAAGACACCGGUAGAUCCUCAGAGAAUGUCCGUCAGAUAUCCAACCUAAAACUAACUUCACCGCCGUAUUUACAGGAAAAUAUAUCCAACCUGAAACUAACUUCACCGCCGUAUUUACAGGAAAAAAACAUUUGUUGCCCCGGCUGAUACAUUUUCUAAAUACAUUUUACAGUUCGCACACAUCUAUUUUUCGUCGCAAAUGUGAGUGAAACGGUUGCACUGUUGAGUCCUGUGAAUUCAUGAAUAAGAAUCAAGACAGCAGUGGAAAACAAAACACUCUCAGUUUUGUCUUCUUCUGUUGCACAUAAUACCACACAGACUGAAAACACUUAAACGUUUACAGCUGGCUAUUUUCUGCCUAAUCUUUGUCCCUGUGUAAACUUUAAACACAAAUAAAGAGAUUAUUAAAGGUUUUAAAAAUAAUCUGACUUAGUAAACGGUAUUAUUACAUCCACGCUGAGGUCUGAAGCGUGGCGUGCCAGCCUCGGUGUUAUGAGCAGCAAGCUGAGACGCCCAGGGGAGCAGUGAGAGUUUUUCUUCACCCUGGAGGGGGUCUGACAGGCUUUAGGGCCGGCAGUAAACCUGAUAGUAAACUUGAUUGGCCUUCAGCCUCUGAUUAGUGCGGCUGAAAGCCCCGAGUCCGUAUCUCACACUCCAAGCAACAAGUUAAAAACAUGAAUCUGAGUGUCAGUUUGGAUUGUAGGAAAUACAAACUCUCAUUUUUCUGUGCCGAUCCUGAACGAGCACGUCUGUACGUAGAGUUAAAGUCAAAGUAAAAUAAGUGUGAUUUAUUCUGGGAGUUUGAGACCACAGAGGUCAGUCAGAGUUCAGAGUCAGGCUGUAAAGUUGAGGGUUAAUAAACUCGACUGGCUUUAGACCACAAAUAACAACUCUGAGGUCGUCUGUUUCAGCUUCUUUGUUCACAGCUUUGAAAAUCACCCAAUAACCAAGCAGAGAAAACUCAAAAUGUGGAGAGAUGACACACAAACACACAAAGUCAAGAAAGAAAUGAAUUAAGACUCAAAUCGAUUAAGUUCAACUCGCUUGUAUUAUGUUUAGUUAAAAAGGCAUGUGAAGAGUCGAAUCAAAUCAACAUUUUAAAUGUUUUUAAUGAGUCUGCAGUCUGGGAGGAAACACUCAGGACCUGUACUGAACUUUAACACAAUACCUCAGUGUUUAAAACUACAGCGUAUUAUCAGCAAAUACGGAUUCUUGGCAAAUAAUCAAGUUUCAAAUGUCGUAGAUUUACUGCCUUUUCUUCAGGGAUCAAUAAAUUCACCGAACAGCAAAAACAAACUUCAGAGCUGUCUUGAUUUUUGGUUGCUCGGUGUAACAUAUCAAAUAUCUAAGGAUGCAUACUUUCACCGGUGUAGAUGGUAGCAGAAGCCGUCUAUUUACACCGUCUCUUUAAACGGAGUAUUAAAGUGAGUUUAUCGUUGUCUGUCGUUCAAAGGCAGAGUUCAGGAGUCAAGCAGAGCAGCUUUGAAGAAGAGUCGAGGCGAGACAAAGGAUCCAGGCGGUUCACGUGGGGUCAUCCAGAGGACUGUGAGAAGAGAGGAUAAAUUACCAGGACUGGACAUGAGUGAUGGGUUCCUUCUGCAGGUAGGUCUGUGCCCAGUUUGGUUUAACUCGGUGAGGAUCGUCUCCUCCUGGCAGAAAAGGCUGGAAACUCGCUGUGAUUGAACUUCAGAUAGUCUUUUUAACCUCGAUCCAUGGUAUGUUCUGGUCGUGCUGCAGGUAUAAAAUCCAGUUUUAAUCUGAAAAGAACUCCAAGAAUGAGAUUAUCAAAAAAUCUAAUUUGUGAGAAAAUUCCAGAACUGUCUGAAUCUUUCUCUUUUAUUACAUGGAGUCCUGACAGUCAGUGUGUUUACAUGCACAGUUUAAUCGGACUAAACUCAUAAUUCGUCUUUUUCUCUGAAUCAGACUUCUCUCCUUGUCCUCGUUUACAUGCAUCUGAGAAAAUCAAAUUAUUGAUGUGAACGUGUCCUCCUCCACAAAACUAGGGGGCGAUAUGGGUCUUUUCAGGGGGUGUGGCACACACGCAUUGUCCGAUCAUUCUCUGACUACGCUGGUCACAUGGUAGAGAAAAUCGAAUUCUAGUCACAUUAUCUGGGUGUCUUAAUCGGAGUUCUCAAACUCUGAUUAUAGUCGGACUAAGGCUACGUUCACACUGCAGGUUAUGAUCGGAUUUUUUGUUAAAUCCGAUCUUUUUUUGCGGCCGUUCACAUUACAACAACAAAUGCGAUUUAUAUCCACAUACUAAAGAGGCCUGGGUCGGAUCAGAACAAAUCAGAAUUGACCUGUUCACACUUCGAUGAGAAAAUCAGAUAUGAGGUUAAAACAUCAGAAUUGACCUGCAGUGUGAACGUAGACUAAGGUGUUUACAUGGACUUCAGUUGUCCGGUCUAAAUCAGAGUGAGGCAAUAAUUCAGUUUUACUGAGUAUCAUGUAAACAAACUGAUUGACAAGCUGUGAAAAACUGCAGUUCCUCCAGCGUCCACUAGAGACUGGUUUCAAAAAUGAGUAAAUGUUUUAAAUGCUAAUCAGCAUUAAUGGUGUUGGUUAUGUGAGACUGUUUAUUGUGAUUUGGUUAAGAUCUAUUUGUGAGUGUCAGCAAAGACCGUCGUUUUUAAAAAGACUUUUCUGACCAAUAUUUCAUGAUUGUUGUGACAAUCUGUCUCAGUCUCCUCGGUCUGUCCAUUUUUCAUCUCCUUACUCUGUAGUUAUAAGUCAUGAGUGUUUCACAGCUGAAACAAAUAUUAUUAUCACCAAACUCCAAAUAUUAAACUCUUCUAUCUGAAACUCUGUCUCAUUUUCAGGUUACUAUGGUAUUAUGAUAUUAUGGUAUUAGUAUUCAGCUUGUCUUUCAUUUGUCAUGUUGUAAUGACAGAAAGCCGUCCACUCCUCAGCAGCUCUCUUGGAUUUUUAAGUCUCAUAAACAACAGAAACUGUCUCACAGUCCAGUUUAAACUGCUCAGCUUCGAUAACUCCGAGUCUGCUGACCCCUCACACCUCUCCAGCUCCACCCUGUCCUUUGAAGAUGUUUGUUCCAGAAAAUCGACCAACCUGCCAAACUGGAGGCUCCGAGCAGAACGUCCACACCACAGCUAAGCGGCAACAUCGUGUGAGCAUCCAUCAUUUAUACAGUUUUGCUUUGGAACAUCGUCCUGCAGACCGCCGACCCGCCACAUCCAGGCGGUGCACCUACUGCAUCUUGAUUUAGAAGAGCUGUAAAUCAAACACGUCUCUGAACAAAACAGGACUAAAGGCAGCGGCCAAGUGUCUGUCAGGGUGAGGUCAGAUCCUGGAUCGAGAGCAGGUCUGUCAGCAGCAUCAGCACGUGAGCCACAAACAAAAACAAUCAGACAGAGGAGGAGGAGGAGGAGAAGGAGGACCAGAGAGGAGCGUCUCUCACGUCAUGAAGGGUCCAGCAGAGGACACAGACUGUCCAAAACCCAUUAAGGAUUUCAGGCCCCCGCGCUCCAGUAAAAAACAUCUAAAAAUUCAGAUGUUUUCCAUCGCGAAUCCCCCCGCCCAGGAGGGACCUGUAAAGCACAUAGAAUUACAUCAGAGGGAGAAGAGAGGAGGAGGAGGAGAGGAGGAGAGGAGAGAGAGAGAAAGGAGAGGGAGGAAAAAUUCUUCAAGUAUGAGAAAAUUUUACAGCUCUCCUCUCCUCUCUCUCUCUCUCACUCUCUCUCUCUCUUUCCCUCUCCGUCUCCUUUCCUCCUCUUUCUCUGUCCAUUCCUGCUGCUGGUCAGUCAACACCAGAUCCACGAUCACACCGAGACGCUUCAGGACCUGCUGACAGACAAACCUCCUCCUGCAGCUCCGAGCAGGUAAGAUGCUCCUCCACUCACUCAGACAGACCAUUUUUUUAUUUGCAUGUUUGAUUCACUUUAAUUCAUCGUUGUGGACGAGUCUGCAAAGGGAUGUGAAUGAAAUAUGUAGUUUUGGCAACGAUUACAAACUAAUUCAUGAAACUUUGAAACGGAUUUUUGCAAACUCUCCCCCAGCUGAACUUUUUUAAGUGACUUUGGACUGAAGUAAAAACUGUUUGAGUGAAAAUAAGCAACUUUAUUUUUCAUCUUUUGCAUUUUUUUCUGGUAUUUUCAGACCAAAAAACUCAAUUUGACAUCUAGAAAAUCAACUAUUUACUUUAUUUUCAUAUUUGUUGUAUUUAAAACCAUUUUAACAUUAAUUUUUAUCCAUGUUUUAAUAAAUGUGCAGGAAUAUUGAACUGCAGAUGAGCUUAUGAAACAAUUGAGUUCUACACGUGAUUCUUCAGAGGAUGAAUCAUCAAUAAGAGUUUGUAUAAUCGAGGUGUCAUACCAAAACUCUGGAGUUUAUCUCAGCCAGGGUCGAGUAAAUAAAACCAAAAGGAGGCGGAGAAGCAGACUGUUGUUAGAAAAUGAUAAAAGGUUGGAUGAUAUUGGAAACAUUUGAAAUCACCUCGUUGGUAUUUUACAGCUUGUUUUAAUGAGGUUUGAUUUUCAGCUCUCCAGAUGUUUUUAAGAACAGAAAUAACGAGAGCUUCAUUUGAGGAGGAUUUUCAUUUUAUGAUGGAAAACCGAAGGUGCAGAUUUGUGAGUGAACCUGGCUGACAUCAGGAUGUCAGGUGGCCGGAGCAUGUGGGUGUGAAAAUGUGAUUUGUCGAAGCAGCAGGAGAUGGAAAUCGAUGCAAAUUUAUGUGAAAACCACAAAGUUUGUGAGUUUUUCCUCCUUUAAAUGAUUCCAUCGUUCAGUGUGUCCGUGUGACCUCAGCCUGUAAAGUCCUCCGUCCAGGACUCUGAUGGGUUUCACAGAGGCUGACUGUGGAAGAAGUGUCUUAUACCUGAUCAUGUAUUCGUGUGUAUUGGCUGAUGUGUCAAAGACCGCUCUCCAAACAUCUGUCCGCUCCUCGGUUCACAGAAAAUCCCUCAUUGACAAAAAUAACAAGGAUGUACGAAAGAGCGGAAGAGACCAGCGCAGUUUUCUGACAUUUUCACAUGGAGACUUUCUCAGCCCCAAGUGGACGGUUGAGGAACUGCAGGUUUUCUCAUUCCUUCACCGACUCCAUGUGAACGUUCAAGUUUUAGCCUCUUAAAAUAGUUUUAAUGUGGAGCUAAAAGAACUGAACUCAUCAGACUUUGAGUUUUAACACCAACUUCUCAUCUCUGCUGCGAGCUCGGUGCGUGAAUCAGCUGCUGCUUCUAAAGCUAAAACUCUGUACAGGCGUGUGAGAGAUCAUCACAAUAACAACAGUGGCUCUUAUCAUAGGCUGAGCAAACUGUCAACGCUGACUCUGACCCCUGCAGUUAUCGCCUCUCUGCACACGUCUUUAAAAACACGUCCUCAGCUGAAAAUGAUCUCAGGACACUUCCUGGUUUGUUUGUUGGGACCUAAUGUUGUAUCUGAACAGGUUAGCAUACGAGCUAAAGUUACUUAGCACAGAUGAAAGUUCAAACAAAGACGGUUAUCAAACUGUUAAAGCUCACAAACCAUCGUCAGAUGACAAAUCUGACGCUAUGACUCUCCACAGGUCGUCCUUCAGGUCGUUAUCUUUGUAAUGUUUGUGUCUUUUAUCAAAAAUCACUCUGUUCUCCGACACGGAAACAAUCAGCCGGUCGGCCAUGUCUGAUAUACCGGUGAAUCUGACGUUGCAACAACACGCAAUCUGAUUGGUCGGAAGUGGACACACAGUAUGAGAAACUUAUGAAAAAUCGACGAGACAGGAAAACGUCGCUGAUGUGAACGCUUGUAUUGACAGGAUACGGGUUAAAAAAAAAAAAGUCCUGUCUCCCAGACGGUCCGUUCUGAGUCCCCAAAAAUCACUUCUGUUGAAAGAACCAGAUUUCCUUUUAUUCGUAGCAGGAAAACUCACCAGUUUCAAACUUCCACAGAAGGAUAAGUGAUAUUUUUCUAAGUGCAGUCAUCGUCUUUGAGUGUCUGUGUUCAAACCUGCCGGUCUGACCUUCUUCAGUCCAAUCACUUCUGGAUGCUGAACUCGGUGUGAACAGGAGGACAGAUCCAGAGCAGCCGUAGAAAAUGAAGGUGAAAGAGCAGAGAGUCUUUAUGGUGCGAACGUUCAGUGACCUCCUGUUGCCCUCUCGUGUCCUGAGCGGUCCAGCCUGUGCAGAUGGAGCAGCUGUGAGCUGCAGGUAUUUACAAGCUAAUUGUUCCUGUCGAGGUCAAUGCAGGAGGCUCACUAACAGGCUCAGGUCUAGACAAAGACGUCCAUUAAAGUCCAGAUGCUGAACCCCGUCCGUGUCGGGUCAACUCAGAUCAGCUGCACAGAAACAGAGGAAAGAGGUCAGGUCCAGAUGUGGGUCUGAUCGAGGACUCUUUCUCGCCGUUAUCCAUGACAGUUUUUGUCUUUUUCUGUGUUAUAUAUCGUGAGGAGACGUGAGAGAGGAGGACUUUGUAGAAACAUGAUCAAUGGAGAUGUGGAGGCUCCUCUGACCGCUCUUAUAACAGUAAUCUCCUGAAGAUGAAACACGGAGCAGACGGGCGUCCUCCCGGAGAUUCCCUGGAGGAGAUUCUCGAGCAGGUUUUGGUUUUUCCUAAAAUGCGUAAAAUGCUCUUCAGGUGCGUCUCUCUGUUCUCCAUCACCUCUGCAGGAGCAGCAGCAGCAUGGAUGACGUGAUGCUGUGGAUGUGGACUCAGCACAGUGAGAUCCCAACAGCUGGUUUCUGCAUUCAGACCUGCUGCUGCUGGACUCGGGUUCUUUGGACUGAACCGGCUCGGGUUAUAAAUCUCUCAGAGGAGACGCGGCGGUUCGAUCAUUCAGAGUUUUUCUGUCAGAGCGGGAGGAGAAGCUGCUGAGAUGAAGCGUGGUCAUUAGUCAGUUUGUUCUCUGAGCGGUUUUUCUCCACCACUGAACUUCAGUCACUUUAAUCCUUAUGAACCUCAUACGGUCGACUAUCGAACGGAGAAGCAGCUUUAUAAAAAGUUCAACUUCAUUCGUGUGAUCAGGAAAACUUCAUUUAUCUUCAAACCAUUUUUGUUUUACUUAAGUAAAUCAAACUAAUACUCUCCGGUAAAUCAAAUCAAAAAUGAGAAGCUCAAACAUGGAGCACCUGCAGCCAUCGAAGGUUUUUCCCUUCUUCUCGUUCUGAAAGUCCAAAUGAGGAAACCAGGAGGUACGAAAGAGGAUUUCUGUGUUUGAUAGAUUCAGUCUGCAGCAGUAAAACUGAAUCUGCUGCUGCACUUUUAUCUUCAAAGUAUGACCUCCAGAGUUCCUGUUUUUUCUGUGUCUGUCUCUUAUAGUUGGACGUUAACACUUUAUAAAGUAAAAACCUGAUGAAACUCUGUUUGUGUCGCACAGAUUUAAGGGAAAAAAAGAGUUGAGGCAGAAACUAAACCUACUUUUUCAACUUUUAUCUUUGUAAUAUUUAUAUUUAUAAACACAACAUCUGUCAUAAUCUAGCCUAAUGUUUGUGAAUUCUUCCUGAUUUACCUGAUAAAUGAUUUUAGAGUUUGUUGGUCCACGUUCAGCACUUUUUACUUCUGUUUUUGUAAGGUAACGUACAAAUAAAGGGUCUGAUGAUGGUUUAAUAUCAGUGUAGUUGUAAAAACAGACUGCAGUGGAAACUGGAAUCAGAGCCGCAGUCACAGAUGUCCGCCGUGAAGAGCUGCUGAAUCUAAAUCGCUCUCAAAAACAAACAAACUCGUAUUGAGCUCAGUGUUCGCCCUCCAGGGAGAACCCGAACCAAUCAGGACCAGAGAGGCCUGACGGAGCCGAGCCAAUGAGACGUCAGGCUCGAUUUCAUAUUCUGAGAUAAAUUAACCCCUGAAUGCCCGGCCGUCAGUUUGACUCGUGUGCCCCGACACGUGAGGCGGCGGCGGCGGCAGCGUCAGGACCUGGCAGCGGGGAGAAUAAUACGAACUCUUUCUAACAGAGUUGGUUUUUCCGUUGUGUUUUACGGGCUGACACGCCGCCACACUGACAGGCCCGUAAACAGCUAACGGCCUCAUUUCUGCUAAUUGUGACUCAAGUGGAGUCUGCUGAGCUCACCAGAACUUUAACGGGCUCUUAAUGUGUUUCUGACCUCUUUCCAGGAGGGAAAAUCCUUCGAGUUCAACGUAGAGACCGAGAAUCAACCUGACAGAGAUCCUGAUCAUCUGACCAUCAGCUCAGACCUUCAGAGUCCACCAUCUUCUUUCUGA